CAGCGCUGCCAGCGUGGAUCGGCAUGACACCAGGAAGUAACAACUGACUAUACAAAUAACCAAGAGAAAGGGUACGCGAGGUGGAUUCUUUUGCUUUUUGGAUUUGCUUCCCUAAAAUACACAGCACGCGACAUCACACAGGGACACAGAGAGUCCCUGCAACUGGGUUUUCAACAUUGCAUGGAUAAGCCGCCCGUGAAGAUGAUGGACCCAACACUUGCUGAGAUGGGGAACCAUCUUUCUGAUGCCAUGAAGAUUUUAGAAAGUGGAAAAUUGGUAUCUGAACAAGGCACAGAAAGAAGAAAGUUGAGUUGGAAAGACAUUCCAGGACCCUUACAAGGAGAUGGACAGGAUGUUGUCAACAUACUCCAGCUAGUCCAGAACCUGAUGCAUGGAGACGAUGACCAGCAGGGUCACCGCAGGAUGCAGUAUGUCGGAGAGCAGGGACACAUGGCUCUGUUGGGACACAGUCUGGCCGCAUAUAUCUCUGUCCUGGAACGAGAAAGAUUGAGAAAGCUGACCACCCGCAUCCUGUCAGAUACCACUCUCUGGCUCUGCAGGCUUUUCAAAUAUGAAAAUGGCUCCGCAUAUUACCAUGAAGAUGACCGCGAGGGGCUGCUGAAGGUGUGUCGGCUAGUUAUUAAUACUCAUUAUGAGGAGUACGCUGCAGAGGGCUUUACAGUGCUGAGCUCUAAACAUCCUGUGAUUUACCAAAGUGCUGCAUGCAGACCUGGCCUGGGACAACAUCUCUGCAGUCAGCUAGGACUGCCUCUGUCAAGUCUUUGCACUGUGCCCUGUAACACCAUGUUUGGCUCCUUGCACCAAAUGGAUGUUGCAUUGCUUGACAAGCUCAUCAAAGAUGAUCGCGAAUCAGGGAAAGUUCCACUGCUGUUGAUAGCGAAUGCUGGAACGCCAGGUGCAGGUCACACAGACAAACUUAGUCGCCUGAAAGAGCUCUGCGCUCAGUACGACAUGUGGCUCCAUGUGGAGGGGGUUAAUUUGGCAACGCUUGCUCUUGGUCAGGCCUCCUCCACUGUCACGGCGGCCACCAAGUGUGAUAGUAUGACUUUAACUCCAGGCCCGUGGUUGGGUCUGCCGGCUGUGCCUGCUGUCACUCUUUACAGACAUGAGGAUCCGGCACUGUCUCUUGCAGCAGGUCUGACCUCCAGCCAACCGGUGGAGAAGCUUCGGGCUUUGCCUCUCUGGCUGUCCCUUCAGUACCUCGGGCAUGAUGGGAUUGUUGAGAGGAUUAAGCAUGCCUCACAGCUAAGUCAACAGCUUUUGGAGCAUUUGAAGACACUGGCUUCAAUAAAGACCUCGGUGGAGGAUGAACUCAAUUCUCCAGUGGUGGUGUUCAGGUUUUCACAAGACAGUGCACCCUCGAGUGGUGGCUCAGUAGAAGGAUAUUUUGCGGGAGAGAGAGAUAUCCUUGAUGCCCUUAACAGAUGGUUGGGUGAGCAGUUGGCGCAGCAGGUGCCCCUCAGUGGCGUAGAUGUGGUUGAGCUGGAAGAUGAGGGUACAUGUGUUCGUUUCAGCCCCCUAAUGACCGCUGCAGCUCUUGGCACUCAGGAGAAUGAUGUGGCUGCACUGGUGGAGAAGCUGGGAGAGAUUAUUCCGGUGCUGAGCUGUACUCUACGCUUCAGACAGGACUUCAAGGAUGAGGUGCUUCAACAAACUUUACUCUCAUACAUUGAUGACCUAAGCUGGCCUGGUCUUGGAGUUGUGAGGUAUGAGCCCAGAAACACAGACCUUGAUGAAGAGAAGAGACAACAAAGGGUGGAGAAGAUCAACAGUGAAUUGCUUAAGAAACUGAUGGAGCUUGAUACAGACCUGGAGUUCUCUGGUGGUCCUGAGUUUGGUGAAGAAACAAAUUGCAUAUUUAUUGGAAUGGCAACAGAAGACCUGGAUGUGGCAGAGUUGGUGGAAACUAUAGGAUCUGUUGGAAGAGACAUUGAGGAAAGUGGAAAGUUGUUUGAGAACAUGACUGAGGUUGUGAGAAGAGGCAUUCAGGAAGCUGAGCUGCAGCUUCAGAAAGCAAAUGAAGAGAAACUUAUGGAGGAGGGUGUACUUCGACAAAUUCCUCUAGUGGGCUCUGUGCUUAACUGGUUCUCCCCGGUUCAGGCCUCUGUCAAAGGAAGAACUUUUAACCUAGCUGAAGGUUGUCUGGACAGCACCGAGCCUGUUUAUUCCAUAAAAGCCCAGAUGAAUAAAGAAGCUUCCCCUGAUUCCCCCAGGUCAAGCACCAAACGGUUUCCAGGCCAAAAACUCUUCCGGCGGCAUGGAGCAGGCUCAGACUCUGUCAGUGACACCAGCUCUAUCAGCCAGCUCGAAGAAUCGUUCAGGGAAACGGCACACGUGCAGGCCACUGAUGCGGAUGAGGCAGAGGUCCCUCAAGAGCUUCCUGCACACAUACCGGAGGAAACAGCUUCCUCAGACCAGCGUGUGCCGGAGGGACAAGAGACAGAGAGUGUAGACACCCUUAGAUAAGACCACUCCUAAAUGGUUGCUCAUGAGGUUUGCUCUAUAAAACAGGAAUAUGCGUCCAUGACCUUGUUGCCUUUGAGCAAACCACUUUUGAAAUAAAAAAAAGAAAAAAAAGAAGCAGCUUUAAAUGCAAAUAACAAAACACUGGAAUUUCAUGAAAAUAAUGUCUAAAUAUAUGUCCAAAUCUCACAUCCCUUAUUGUUAGUUAUUAAAUAAUCAAUUGCACAUUUUUUUAAAACUUGGUUAAUCAUAUAUUAUAGGGUCUCCUCACAGUUAUUUAUGUGCACUGCCAGUAUAUCCUUCCAUUAUGGGUGACAGUACUUACGUUUUGAUUUUGAACGUUUAUCUUUGUCAUCUACAGGCCUGUCCGACAGGUUUUUCUGAUCCGUUUCCACACACUAUUUACACAACGAAAGGGCUAUUGUGGCCUUACCGUCAUGAUUAUUAGUGUCAAAAUGUCUUGUUUGCCAAAAGCCGGUUUUGUUUUAUGUACUCUCCAUAGGCAGAGUUAUAAGAAGGAAAGUUGAUGACUCAUGCAGCUGUUUCUAAUCAAACGAUAGCCUUAUUGCACUUUUAUGUACAGAAUGUCACACUUUAAUCAGAGCAGCAGAAUUUUUAUUUAUUCUAAAAAUAAUUCUCUUGGAGGACAUUAGGUUAUUUAGAGACAAGAGUAACAUUUGUUGUGUCUAAAAUAAAUUCAAAUCAAACAGAUACCCAUCCAGCACUUUUGGCUUUACCAAUAGUGAAAUGAUUAUUAGACUGUUCUCACUGUGAAGAAUGUUUCAGAGAUGUCUCUUUGAGUAAUUGUUACAUUUUUUUUUUUUGGAUGUUUAUGACAGCUAAACAUAAUGUACUGAAAUGAAGAUCCUUAUUUGUUGUUUACACCGAUGUUAAUUGUUUUAGCACACAGAAAGCAUACUGCUACUGGGGAAAUGAUGUAGGUUCAUUUAGUGUAAGAACAUUGUGUGAAUUAUACAUGAGAAGACAUUCACUACAGCUAGAUCACGUCCAUCCAUAUUUUUUUUCUUCUUCUUUGUUUUGGGCUUAAAGUGCUCUUUUCGUAAAUGUGCUUCCUUACUGAAUAAUGUAAUUGUAGAUCUGGUCAUCUCUUUCAAAAUGAUUCUGUCUUGACUGGUGCAAUAAAUCAUUGGGAUUUUCUUUGGGGGACAUGAGUACUGACUUGAAUUUUGUGUCAAAAGUAAGAAUAUAGUGGUUUUUAUAAUUACAAUUUUAUUUUACAAUGAGCAGUUAUUAUGUAAAUGACAAUAAAGAAAAUGCUUAAAUUAA